AUGCAUGCGAUACAAUAUAUCCUAAACCCAUUGGACGCUAUAUGCGACGUGCCCCGAAAUGAUGCGGUCUGUGUAAGCAACUUAAAGUCGGCGAAACCUGUGGACAAGGCAGUGCUACAAGAGCGACCUGAUGUCAAGAUCUUCUUACCAUUCCGGUUCCACUUCUACAAACCUAAAGAUCUCUUCAAGGAAAAUACGUAUAACAACUUCUUAGUUGCUCCCGGCGGUGACCACGUCUUGAGUUUGGUUGAUGAAAUCUCAUAUCGAGCGCCGCCCGCGCCGCCUCUAUCACAGAUGCAUGAGCUAAAUCCGGAUUUAUUCUGCAAUGGUGACAACAGGCCUGCCAACUGUCCUGUCGACUGUCGCUGCACGCACAUGAUCGAUGUACCCCUUAACUCUAUUGUGGAGAUCGUACUUGUUGAUGAAGUUCAAUCGCCGAAUCUUUCGCACCCGUUCCAUCUGCACGGCGUUUCCUAUAAUGUGAUCGGUAUGGGCCGUUCCCCGGACAAGAAUAUCAAGAAGAUCAACUUGAAACACGCAUUGGACCUCGACCGAAAAGGUCUUCUGCAUCGGCAAUAUAACCUGCCUCCGUUCAAAGAUACCCUGGCUGUACCAAAUAAUGGAUACGUCGUGUUAAGGCUCAAGGCAGACAAUCCAGGAUACUGGUUGUUCCACUGCCACUUCAUCUACCACAUAGUUAUCGGUAUGAAUCUGAUAUUGCACAUCGGCACGCAACGGGACCUACCACCCGUCCCGCCCAACUUCCCUAGAUGUGGUCACCACUUGCCAUCAAUUUCACCACCGCAGACGUUCUUUCCUUACCACUGA